AUGCCUCGUGGAAACGAUACUGCCUUCAAAGUCUUUUACAAGGGCAAGUCGGAAGACUUCGUUGUCUUCGUUGACGAUGUCGAGAUCCUGAAGAAGUGGAAGAAUGACCGCAGCAUCGCCCUCGCCGAUGUGGUAAAUGGCUGGAAGAUUUUCAUCACCCACCGUCACGGUGCUCAGGGGAUCAUGGACGGUGCCUCCAAGGCCACCCUUGAGGAUGAAUUCGGUACCCACAAGGAGGAGGAGUGCAUGGUCAAGAUUCUCGAAAACGGAGAAUACCAGGCCGUUCCUUCCCGCGAGCGUGAGGGUGGAAAGAACGAUUCUCGGUAA